AUGGCAGCAGAAGAUGCAACGGCUACCGCCGUCCCGGCGCGCGCUGGCAAGGGCAGUGCCCAGAUCGACAUCGACGACAUCGAACUUCAGGCGCAAGGCUACACUAGGGCCAUGCCUAGACGCUUUUCACUCUUGUCUCUGAUGGCCAUGUCUUAUGCUCUCUUGGCGACUUGGAACGGAUUUGGUAGUGCGUUCGGCACUGGUUUCACCGAGUUCUCAUCCGCUGGAUCUAUCUGGACUUUGGCACUCGCUGGAGCCAUGACGGCCGUCACUGGCAUUGGCAUGGCCGAGUUAUCUUCUGCCUACCCAGUCGCUGGAGCACAAUACUACUGGUCUUUCGUUGUCGCCAGUCCGGAGUGGGCUGCCUUUGCCUCAUAUAUCUCUGCGGGCAUAAGUACCCUCGGAUGGUAUCUCGGUCUCGCCAGUGUGACCAAUUUCAUCGCCGCCAUGGUGGUUGGGAUCGCUCAGCUCAACCACCCCGACUACGUGAUCGAAAGGUGGCACAUCUAUCUCGUCUUUGUGGUUGUCACAUGGAUGGCUAUUUGUUUGAACAUCUUCGGCACGAGUAUUCUGCCAAUGUGGAAUAAGUUCAUCUUGGGCUUCUCGCUUACUACUCUUGUCAUAACCAUGAUCACCAUACUUGCCUGCGCAGCCCCGAAUUAUCAGUCGGCAAGUUUCGUCUUUGGCGACACCACGAACUCAACCGGUUGGGACAGUAACGGCUUGGCCUUUCUUUUGUGCAUGGUUAACGCUCUUUACGGCUUCCUGGGUGUUGAUUGUGGAGCCCAUCUUUGCGAGGAAAUCCCGAACCCUACAGUCAAUGUUCCGAAAGUCAUCAUGUUCCCGGUCCUCAUCGGAUUUGUGACCUCAUUCCCCUUUUCGAUCUCGCUGUCUUUCGUGAUCACGGACUUCGAAAGGGUCAUCUCUACGCCCACCGGUCUACCACUCAUUGAGGUGUACUAUCAAGCGACUGGCAGCAAAGCUGCAACAUCAAUCCUCAUGGUGAUGUUUGCCAUCUGCUUUUUCGGAUGUGCUACCGCAAGUAUCACCAGCUCAAGUCGACAAAUGUGGUCAGCUUGCCGAGAUGACUGUUUUCCGCUUUCAAGAUACUGGAAACAAGUCCAUCCACGCUGGCAAAUGCCCAUGAACGCUGCAUUGCUUUGUGGAACCCUGGUGACGCUAUACGGCUUGAUCUUCUUGGGAUCAUCAGCUGCAUUCUCAUCAAUGGUUGGAGCUUGCAUUUGUUUCCAGACGACCUCUUAUGUGGUGCCGCAAGGUAUCCUUGCAUGGCGUGGACGCGACAAGAUCCUCCCUCCUCGAGCGUUGAAUCUCGGCAAGUUCGGCCUCCCACUCAACGUACUCGCUUGUGUCUGGGUUUUCUUCAUUGAUGUCCUGUAUUGUAUCCCCACAGGAUAUCCUGUGACGGUGGAGAACAUGAAUUGGAUCAGUGUGGUCAUUAUCGGCCUUGUCAGUUUCUUGUUGCUUGCAUGGCAGUUCAGCCAGCGCCAUGUCUUCAAGGGACCGACCAUCAACUUUGAGAUGCUUAAUGCCGCUCGACAGGAUGAACUGCUGGGCCAUCGGACUAUCGAUGGUUUGGCUGUCGGAGCUGGAGAUGAUGCUAUUGUUGAGGCACUUCGCAGGCAAUCUCAUGCCGGCUCGAUGAAGAAAGAGACUUAG